CCCGGUCCCUCCUUUAUCUCCCUUUUGGAUGGCUUUGGGAGGGGUGCCAGUCGACAACACAUGCUCUCCCAUGGAGCUGCCAAGGAGGCCCGCUGGGGAUCCUCGUGUCUGCCCAGGUAAGGGAGAGCUGUCUGCAAAGGCAGAGUGCAGGCAUGGAUCUAAAAAUAAAGCAGUUCACAUGGAUCUGGGCAGAGUGGGAGUGAAUUAGCCAGCCUGACAUCCCUGCAGUAGAGAGCAGUUGGAGUUUUGAUGCUGAGCUGGAGACAACUGAUUCCCCCAUCCCAGAAGAUUUUGUUUCAGGUUAAAACAGCCCAAGAUGGUGCUACACCAGCCUGUGUGAGCCAAAAGCCUCUGAAUGGUGCCAUUGGGCCACAGAUGCCUCUUGAGAUGAAUCUCUGCUGGAAUGAGAUUAAAAAGAAAUCGCACAGCCUUCGGGCUCGAUUGGAAGCCUUCUCAGACCACAGCAGCAAGCUGCAGAUUCCCUUGCAGGAGAUCAUAGACUGGCUCGGCCAAAAAGAUGAGGAGCUCUCUGCCCAGCUGCCACUUCGUGGGGACGUCCUCUUGGUUCAGCAGGAGAAGGAGAGGCAUGCGGCAUUUAUGGAAGAGGUGAAGUCCCGGGGCCCCUACAUUUACUCUGUCCUGGAGUCUGCUCAGGCCUUCCUCACUCAGCAUCCAUUUGAAGAAGUGGAGGAGUCCAAUUCCGACAGCAAAGAUGUUUCCCCAAGACACCGGAUCCAGAACAUCAGUCGUUUUGUGUGGAAACAGGCCACUGUGGCCAGUGAGCUGUGGGAGAAGCUCACUGCCCGCUGCGUCGACCAGCACCGCCACAUCGAGAGGACCUUGGAGCAGCUGCUGGAGAUCAAGGCCACCAUGGAGGAGCUCAGCACAACCCUCAACCAAGCUGAAAGUGUGAGGGAGACUUGGGAGCCCAUUGGAGAUCUCUUCAUCGACUCUUUGCCAGAACAUAUCCAGGCCACCAAGUUGUUCAAAGAGGAGCUGUCCCCCAUGAAAGAUGCAGUGAAGCUUGUGAAUGACCUUGCACAUCAGUUGGCUAUCUCUGAUGUGCAUCUGUCCAUGGAGAACUCUCGUGCCCUGGAACAAAUCAACACACGUUGGAAACAGCUGCAGGUCUCCAUCAAUGACCGGUCGAAGCACCUUCAGGACGCCCACCGAGACUUUGGGCCAGGAUCACAGCACUUCCUUUCAACCUCAGUCCAAGUCCCCUGGGAACGAGCAAUUUCUCCCAAUAAGGUCCCAUACUACAUCAACCACCAGGCUCAAACAACAUGCUGGGACCAUCCCAAGAUGACUGAGUUAUACCAGACACUGGCUGACCUGAACAACAUCAAGUUUUCUGCGUAUCGCACAGCCAUGAAACUGCGCCGUGUACAGAAGGCCUUGCGAUUGGACUUGGUGACGCUACCAACAGCCUUGGAGGUCUUCAGUGAACAUGAGCUGCAGCCCAGUGACCACGUGAUGGAUGUGGUGGAGGUGAUCCACUGCCUGACCGCCCUUUACGAGCGGCUCGAGGAGGAAAGAGGCAUCCUGGUGAACGUCCCCCUCUGCGUUGACAUGACCUUGAACUGGCUGCUCAAUGUUUUCGAUAGUGGACGCAGCGGGAAGAUGCGGGCUCUCUCCUUCAAGACAGGCAUAGCAUGUCUGUGUGGCACGGAGGUGAAGGAAAAAUUUCAAUUUCUCUUCAGCCAGGUGGCAAAUGCCAGCGGACUCUGUGACCAGCGGCACCUUGGCAUCCUUCUUCACGAGGCCAUCCAGGUUCCACGGCAGCUCGGGGAGGUGGCAGCCUUUGGAGGGAGCAACGUGGAGCCCAGCGUUCGCAGCUGCUUCCGAUUUGGUAAUGGGAAACCAGCAAUUGAGGCUAUCCAGUUCCUGGAAUGGGCUAACCUGGAGCCACAGUCAAUGGUGUGGCUGGCAGUCUUGCAUCGAGUGACUAUAGCUGAACAAGUUAAACACCAGACCAAGUGCUCUGUCUGCCGACAAUGCCCAAUCAAAGGAUUCAGGUACCGAAGCCUGAAGCAAUUCAAUGUGGACAUCUGCCAGACUUGCUUCUUGACUGGGAGAGCCAGCAAAGGCAACAAGCUGCAUUAUCCCAUUAUGGAAUACUACACAAUGACCACCUCUAGUGAGAACAUGAGGGACUUUGCCACUACCCUGAAAAACAAGUUCCGGUCAAAGCAGUAUUUCAGCAAGCAUCCCCAAAGAGGGUACCUGCCGGUCCAGUCUGUCCUGGAGGCAGAUUUCAUUGAAACGCCAGCCUCCUCUCCAAUGUUACCUCAUGCAGAUACUCACUCUCGGAUAGAACACUUCGCCAGCAGGCUUGCAGAGAUGGAAAGCCAGAAUUCCUCCUUUUACAACGACAGCCUUUCUCCGGAUGACAGCCUCUCUGUCCACAACAGGGAUGAGGACCAGUACCUUUUGCGCCACUCCAGCCCUAUUACAGACAGAGAACCAGUCAGUAGUCAGCAGCCCCAGGACGGCACCAACACAGACGACAAAGGGGAACUGGAGAGAAUCUUGGCGCACCUGGAGGAUGAAAACAGGGUUCUCCAGGGGGAGCUGAAGCGUCUGAAAUGGCAGCACGAGGAGGCAGCGGAGUCGGCAGAAGGAACUCCAGAAUCAGCACAGGAUCCACACAACGAAGAGCUGCUGGCAGAGGCCCGGAUCCUUCGACAGCACAAAAGCCGCCUGGAGACGCGGAUGCAGAUCUUGGAGGACCACAACAAACAAUUAGAAUCUCAGCUGCAGCGUCUGAGAGAGCUGCUUCUGCAGCCUGGAGCAGAUUCCAAAGGGGAUGGCUCUACAGCCUCAUCCUUGGCUUCCUCUCCCCAUCCAUCAGAGGAGGGUCAGACCAGAGGAAAAGGCCCUGGCACUCCAAACACGGAAACUGCAGAUGAGGUGGAGGUGAGUACUCAGGACGUCAGUCUGUGUCUGGAGGAUAUCAUGGAGAAGCUUCGGAAUGCUUUUCCCAACACUGGAGGGCAAAGACCACACCCCCUGGCCUUCCUGAAGAAGUCUCUCAAGUUCUCCUAGAUGACUUGUUCAAAGCUGACCGUGGGCAUCAGCUGGUAUUAGCUAUUGUGUUGCUGCUGGUCUGGCUGCUUACGGCAUUGAUGUCUGGCAUACCAAACCUGUAUAACCUAGCCUUACUGCUUUUGCCAGUGUGUCCGUUUUUAUUUGAUGGGCAUAACCAUUGGCCUCCCUUUCCCCCCCUCACAGUGGCAUAAUAGGCCUAAGGCUUUCUUCACCUCUUAUAUCUUAUAUUACUGAGAAAUAUAUCUCAGGGAAAUCGCUAAUGAAAGAGAACAUAAAGAUUUCGUGGCUCAACGUGUUGUGUCAUUGACAAACUUGUUUUAAGAAUUAAUAAAACCCAUGCAUUCUUUCCAAGCAGAGGUCCGCACUUAAAUGCUCUGCAUCCAAGUGGGGGUUUUUUUUGCUCUGAGAUUUCUCCUUCCAGAACCGGCUCUUUAAAACUGAAGCAGAGAAAAUUUAGGUUUCCCGCAGAUUGACAUUUGCCCUGAUUGAACUUUAAAGAGUUUUCACAGAGACAGCUCUGGAGCAAAAAAACACCACGGAGCUUUAAAUCACGGACCGGGCCUGGAAAGAGCAGAGGAAAAGUAAGUGUGGAUAGCUGCAAGACACUGGCUGCAUACACACACUAUACAUUCGAAGACAUUCUCCCCUAAACCGCCCUGGGAACUGUAGUUCACCCUUCACAGAGCUACAAUUUCCAGCACCCUUAUCAAACUACAGUCCCCAGGAUUCUGUUUAGGGUGGGUAAAUAUAUAUAUGGUGUGCUUUAAAUAUAUGGUGUGUAUGCAGCCAUAGUUUGAGUGUAAAGAUUUAAUAUUUCCUCAGUAUGGCUUUUCCCCCAGCCUCUGAAACCCUGUAGAAUUGCUGCAAACGUAAUGAACAGGGUGGAAACUCUGCUCCUCAUCACUUUGACAGGCGGGCAGAGUUGCCAAAUUGUCAAUCGCCUGACAUUGCCAGGUGUCAGGUGGCCCAAGUUCAAAGGAAAGAAUGGUUUCUUUUCUUCCAAUGCACCCAGGCUUAAACUCAAAAGAAAAUGCCCACUGAACAGGAUGUGGGACACAAUCAGCUGAGCUCUGGUGCAGAACCAGUCCUAGAAGGACUAACAGUGUGUUGCCGACAGGGAGGGUGAAGAAAGGCUCUUGCAUUCCUCCUGUCAUUUUGUGGGUUAAAAAAUAAAAAGGAAUGCCACUAUUUCCCUCCCUUUAAGAGAUCUAAAAAUUUGCCUGGUUUGGGGGAAUUUCAGCCGCUAAGAAAAACUCAGGAUCAUUUAGAACCAAGACAUUUCCCAGUCCUCUUCCCACUCUGGUAUGUCUCGCAAAUGCUCCAACACAAACCCCUGACUCCUACCAAGGUCAGAGCUGUGAUAUCCUUUGGGCCAGGCCAGAGUUCUCAAAAAUGGUGGGGAGGGAUGAUCCAGUACCAGAGAAAGAGAGCCAAUAUAGCCUCAUGGCCUCUAAGGUUGCAGCCUCAAAUGUCAUCUUUAUGCGACACAGUAAUAUAUAUGGAUGGGUGGAAAUCGUGGGUGGGAUGGGUGAUUUAACUAAGCUCCAUUGUGAAUAUAAUCGGAUUGUGUGCAUGCCUGCUUUUUCCUUUAAUGUUUGUCCGUAAGCCUUAUAUACUUACCAAGUAGCAUUUUGUUAAAAGUUUUUACACCUGUUGUCUUGAGAUACUAAUUUCUGUGCUAAAAAUGAAGAAGGGCCCAAAACAUUACAGGGUGGGGGAUCAACACAACUUACUAGCACUAUUAUCAAAUACAAAUUGUCUGUACAUGAUACACAUAUACACAAGCCUUUAACACUUCCACUCUCCAAACUGCCUCUGGGUAUAACUCUGAAUAUCCUUGGGCUUCUCCAGGCAACCUGUUUAUUGAACAUUCAUCCUGAUCUGUUUGUGGGGAGGUUAUACAACAAUGUGCAUUCAUCUUGAUUUGUUUGCAUGGAGGUUAUACAUCUUCCUGCCAAUUGAUCGUUGUCCCAUAUUUUUUAGUGCAUUUCCCCAUCUCUUCCCUAGCUGCAAGCAGUCCAAUAUUGAGGGUGUUUGUGUGUGUGAUAACGGUUUUGUUAAGCCAGAAUUUAAUUCAUGAAUUGCACAAACCCAGAUUUCUGGUAUGCCAGUGAAUCCCUCCUGUUUUUUUAAAAAACAAAGACACAAUCUGGAGACAAGCUUUAUAACAUGAAUCCAGCAGGCACACAUUCCACUGGAUGCGACCCUGUUUUGUUUUCUCUUUCAGGUCCAACUUCCCUUAUCUAACACCUCCUGCAAGUGAGAGGCUUUGUCUAACCAGUUCCUCAGCAGCUGCUACUCUCCCUUCCUCUCUCCUCCCCUCUGUGUGACAGACUUCACUCGGAUCCUUAAGGGGACACCCUCAGCAGAAGCUCACCAGCAUCCUUGCAGGGUUUGGCUUCCAGGAGAGCACUCCUUUGGUGUAUCUACAGAGCGUUUCCUUUGGAAGGGCAAUCCAGGGUUACGUACCCCAAAUCCAGAUGAGGUCAAAACUAGAUGCUGACACAUGUCUAGAUUCAAGGAACUCUGAAAGGAAGGAAACAAGGGCACAUGGUGGUGCCUUUCUGUGCAAACUACAAACUGACAUGAAUAGCUUCCCCCCGCCCUCUACAGUUUGUGUUGUGGACUGUCACUUUUUCUGGGCCAGUUUUGGUUGUGAGUCAGGAAAUGACCUAUAGUGGAUUUUGGCCAAGUGAAUGAUCUGUGGCCUUCACAGGAUGGUGGCUUUAUGGGGACUGGAAUUGUCUCACAGUGACCGAUAAACCAUGAAGAACCUUUAAGCUGGGAAGAAAUCCAAAACCUUUAUAGAAAAAACAAAAGAAAAGAGUUGGUAUGUUGCAAAAGGAACUUGCAAGCGCCCGGGUACCUCCGUAUCUUCUUCCAAGCUCAGUGGAAGGAGGAGACAAGGCCCAGAUUAAAUCUCAUGGUAAAAUGAGGGAGAGGAGCAGGCUUUAAAACAUAUUAUUGUUUCAAUGGCAGUAACAGCAGCCUUAUGUGAGAGAAGCUUUAUAACAGAGAGCCUUAUUGUUUUAAUUUACAUAUAUAUAUAUAUAUACAUAAUAUAUAAAUACAUAUUAUAUAUAUUGUAUUUAAGCACUGUAAUGGACUUCCUCAUGCAUUAAAUUCUAAUUCCUUGUUAUGUGUUUA